AUGAGCCCAUACAUUUUCAAGGUGUCGCACCGCCCUGGAGGUGGACUGGCGACCCUUACCCGUCGUAUCCUCUUCGAGCCCCACGGUCGUACAGCGGCAGGGUUGACCAGCGCAACGAUCGGCGCCACCACACUCGGUGAUGCCCCACACGGCACAGCGGACGCCUCCAGCUCGAGCAGCGUGCCAGACGACUACCAACACUUUGUCUCCAUCGUCGAGACCCGCUUUGGAAUCGUACUCGAUGCGAUCUAUUUGUGCUACACGGAUGCUGAUGGCGACCUGAUCGCUGUGGUGAGUGUCCUUCGUCUGACUCUCUCGGUCCGUGCGAUCACGCGCCUGUCGCGAGUCACCGCGUCAGCUCGGAGUGGCGGCAGACCUUCACCGCCACGCUCGACUCCGGCCUCCAGCGCGGGUGGCGUUGGCUGCGAUUGAUUACGAUACACUGCCUCGACUGACAUCAAUAUGCAUCGGGCAUAUCUUCACAGUCAUCAAGUGAAGAGUUCCAGGACCUCUUGUCGUCGAAUCCACCGGGGUCCACGAUUCGCUUGCAACUCGGAGCAAACCUUGCCGGGCCAUCCGGCACGAUGUCCGUUCCGAUGUCGAUCAGCGGCGGCAGUCAUACCGACAAUACCGACGCUCCAUCUAUUUUCGCCGAAAGUGACACUACAGAAGUGGUGCCAUUGCUCGGCAAAGGCAAGAGUCGAGAGCUUGAUACAGCACCCGAUGCCCAAGCGGACGCCGAGCGGCCCGUUGCCACCUCGAAUGCAGCUUCGUCGCCCACCUCCUCGGGAGCGCUCGACGAGGUCGCUGAUUGGACCAUUACGGACAAAUUCGACCUUGAUGCUCAGGAGGAACCCAGCUCAGGUGCUUCCACGCCCAGCCUGCUCGCCUUUGAAGACCCACUGCCCUCUUUCGCCGAGGAGUCGAAAGCUCCCGAGCAAGUCCCCAACCAUUGCGAAGAUCCCGUUGUCCCCGAGGUUCCCGAGACUAAGGCCGAGGAUCCUGCUGAGGACCCACCGGAGCCGACAAUUCCUGCCCCUCCACUCGCCGAAGCGAUUCAGCACUUCCUCGCUUCGCUUCCCUAUCAUGCCGAGGCUCUCAAGACCCAUUUCGGCUCGUUCUUCGCCUAUCCGCAUCCUCAGGCGAUCCCCGGUCUAUUCCACAGCGCUCCCGUCGGUCCUCCCUAUCAAGAGAUCCUCGAGCUCGCACGUUCUGCGCGAGAGGAGUUGAAGCGAAGCGUCGAUGGGGUCAAGGCCGAAGCUGAGUCGAUCCGAGGCGAGUUUGAUCUGUUCAGGGCCAAGUUGGGUGAGGACAAGCAAAAGUUCGAGGAGGACAUCAAGGCCGCUAUGGCUGGUGCCGAAGAGGCUGCAAGGAAGGAGAGGAAGAAAGCCAAGAAAAUGGCGGAGAAGAUGAUGGAAAGGAUGGCUCGAGACCCCACGGCUGCUGCCUCCCAGGCUGCUCCGGAGGCAGCUGCCCAGUCACCCGAAGCCGGCUUUUCAGCAGCAACGGUCCCUCACUCAGUUCCGACGACGAGCCUAGCCACUUUCCAGACACCGACGUCGAAUGUUCGAGUUUCCACGUCGCCGCGCGACGACCUCUUGAAUCGUCGCGUCUCCGCGACUGGCGUUUCAGGUUCCCGCAACCUCUCGGCGGGGCUCGACGCCACCUUGGCUUCGAUGCGCCAAGUGCCUUCUCAAGAGCCACCCCCAUCCACGAUCCCAGGGUCUUUCCCCGGUCACCAUGCGACGACGCCCCUUCCGACCCCGACUCCUUCGACUUCGACGAUGCCGUACACCUCGCCAUGGGCAGAAGCGACUCCUGAACAUUUGCACAGCGCCAUCAGAGCCGUAGGUCUCAGCAUCGACGAGGCCAAACUCAGGUUGGCGUGCCAACAGAUUUGGGAGGAGAACAGGGGCCAGUCAUUGGAUGUGAUGGUCAGCAAGGUGCUUGAGAAGGUGCUCUGA